AUGCCGUGGUGUUACCUCUGGGCAGAGCUGGCCGAGGACUCGGGGGAUGAGGAGCAGGAGGAUGAGGUGGACAAUAAAGACCCACCGAAAAAACUCAAGAAGAAGCUGCCCAAAGAAGCCCCCUCUGGUGAGAGCCGGGAGAAGAAGCUGAAGCCAAAGGGAGACAAGAGCGACCCUGACAGCAAAGCCAAAUCCACCAAAAGCGCCAAGAAGGAGCCAAUGUCCAUGUUCCAGGUGAACAGGGACAAGAAGGAGAAGAAAAGCAAGAAGAAAGACACCACUGGCAGCGAUGAGGAGGAUGAUUCUGACUCCAGCACCAAACCCAUCAGGUCAGAGAAGAAGAAGAACCCAGCAUCCCUCUUCCAGACUGGUGGGGACCCCCCCAAGGAGAGGAAAACCAAAAAGAAAGCUCCUCCGAAAGUGGCCGAGAGCGAGGAGGAGACUCCAGAGACCCCCCCGAAAAACUCCAACAAGAAGGGGAAAGGGAAGAAAUCAAAGAAGACAAAGGAGGAGAGGCCCCCAUCACCCAUCAUUGAGGUGGACAACCUGGAGGAGUUUGUGCUGAGACCAGCACCACAGGGAGUGACCAUCAAGUGCCGGGUGACACGGGACAAGAAGGGGAUGGACCGGGGGCUUUACCCCACCUACUACCUGCACUUGGAUAACGACAGGAAGGUGUUCCUGCUCGCUGGGAGGAAGAGGAAGAAGAGCAAAACCUCCAACUACCUCAUCUCUAUCGACCCCACUGACCUGUCACGGGGGGGAGAGAACUUCAUCGGGAAGCUGAGAUCCAACCUGAUGGGGACGAAGUUCACGGUGUUUGACAACGGCACAAACCCCGAACGGGCCAACGCCGACUGGUCCAACGUGCGGCAGGAGCUCUCGGCCGUGGUCUACGAGACCAACGUUUUAGGGUUCAAAGGCCCCAGGAAGAUGACAGUCAUCAUCCCUGGCAUGAAUGCUGACAACGAGAGGGUGCCCAUCCGGCCCCGAAACGACAACGACGGGCUCCUGAUGCGAUGGCAGAACAAAAACAUGGACAAUGUGAUCGAGCUGCAGAACAAGGCACCGGUGUGGAACGAUGAGACUCAGUCCUACGUCCUCAACUUCCACGGCCGGGUCACACACGCCUCGGUCAAAAACUUCCAGAUCGUGCACGGCAGCGACCCCGACUACAUCGUGAUGCAGUUUGGGAGGGUGGCGGAUGAUGCCUUCACCAUGGACUACAACUACCCGCUGUGCGCCCUGCAGGCCUUCGCCAUCGCCCUCUCCAGCUUCGACGGCAAGCUGGCCUGCGAGUAG